AUGAGAGAAGUUUUCAGUUUCUUUACGAUACAAAGUCCUAGUGACCACUUCGACUAUGUUAUAGCUACGAUCUUGGUCUCUUCUAUAUUUUGGUACAUAUGGCUUUACGCCAAAUCAAAACAGCGUUUUCCACCGUUACCGCCGGGACCUCGUGGUCUUCCCAUUGUAGGAAACCUCCCAUUCCUCCACCCGGAGCUUCACACUUACUUUCACAAACUCGCUCAAAAACACGGACCUGUCCUCAAACUCUGGCUCGGCGCUAAGCUAACCAUCGUUAUCAGCUCCUCUGAAGCCACGCGCGAGGUUCUAAGAACCAAUGACGUUAUCUUUGCGAACCACGACGUUCCUGUCGUGGGUCCGAUCAGCACGUACGGUGGCAUAGACAUAGUCUGGUCACCGUACGGGCCAGAAUGGCGAAUGUUGCGAAAAAUAUGCAUUAAUAGAUUGCUAAGCAACGCAACGUUGGAUUCGAAUGCUUUCAAUUCACUUCGUUGCCGCGAGACCCGGAAAACGGUCCGGUAUUUAGCAGACCGGGCUCGGACCGGGUCUCCGGUUAACUUAGGGGAACAGAUAUUUGUAACGAUCUUGAAUGUUGUGACUCAGAUGUUGUGGGGAGCGACAGUUGCGGACGGUGAGGAACGAGAGAGUGUUGGAGCUGAGUUCUUGGAGAUAGUGAGAGAGAUCAUUGAUAUUGCGGGAAAGCCUAAUGUCUCUGACUUUUUUCCUGUAUUGAGCCGGUUUGAUCUUCAGGGUUUGGUUAAACGUACGCGUGGACCGGCUCAGAGGUUGGACCGGAUGUUUGACCGGAUUAUAAAUCAACGGGUGAGAAUGGAUAAGGGAAAUGAAAGGAACGGUGAAGAUUUUUUGCAGGUCUUGUUGAAAGUGAAGGAUGAGGAUGACAAGACACCUUUGUCCAUGAACCAUGUCAAGGCUUUGCUCCUGGACAUGGUGCUUGGUGGUACAGACACAUGUUUGAACACAAUAGAGUUUGCAAUGGCAGAGCUUAUUAACAAACCGGAGAUUAUGAAGAGAGCUCAACAAGAGCUCGACAAAAUUGUAGGCAAAAACAACAUUGUUGAAGAAACACAUAUCACUAAACUUCCAUACAUUCUCUGCAUUAUGAAAGAAACCUUAAGGCUUCAUCCAACUCUUCCUCUUCUUAUUCCUCGAUGCCCAUCCGAAACCACGGUUAUAGGUGGCUAUACAAUCCCUAAAGAUUCUAAGGUUUUCAUUAAUGUGUGGGCGAUUCAUAGAAAUCCGAACGUAUGGGAAAAUCCAUUGGAGUUUAAUCCGGAUAGGUUUCUUUAUAAAGUUUAUGACUUUAGUGGUAAUGACUACAAUUAUUUCCCGUUUGGAUCGGGCCGGAGAAUUUGUACGGGAAUGGCCAUGGCAGAUAGAAUUGUUCUUUACAAUCUUGCGACGUUUUUGCAUUCUUUUGAUUGGAAUAUAGGAGAAGGAGAACAAGUGAAGCUAGAGGAGAAGUUUGGUAUUGUGUUGAAGUUGAAGCAUCCACUUGUUGCAACACCCGUGCUAAGGUUGUCGGAUCCAAAUCUUUAUCUUUAAGGUUUUUUUUUUUUUUUUUUUUGGUAUAAUUUUUAUUUUAAGUUUAUGUACAAUGUGACCAUGUCUAAUGUCGUCUUAUGGAUUGUUGUAAUCUUUGUUGCGACAUUA